UCCAGGAAAUGUCAUGACAUGCUAGUUGGAGUUGAAAGAGCCACAGCAUACGUUCCACAAAUAUGUGGCAAAUAGCCAGAAGCUGCACUUCAACACACUUUGCCAGGAGCUGCUAUUAGCCUUUUCAAUUCGUUUGCCGUGAACUCCUUAAGCAAACUCAAGAAUGCACGUACUUUGCCAUUGCUGCCACAAGUUGCAGGAGCUGCAAUUAGUCGACCAUGCACGCUGGCAGCAAGAAGUUGGUAACCUUCCGGUUUCGCCGCGCACAGCUGCUGCCACUGCUGCUGCUGCUGCUGCUGCUCCUGUCUGUGGCUGGUUGCAGUCUCUUCACACCAGCUGGCAAUGCCACAUGCAACCAUAGGCUGAGUCGCUCGCGGCGAGUGGCCAUCUUCAAUGGUCAAGGCGUGCUCAAGUUUGUCUGCGGCCUGGCCUUUCCCAUACCGCAGGAGGACACUGUGCUUUCCGUUUGGGGCUUCAUCAACUAUCAAAAUCAGUUCACGCCUCCACCCGUGCCAGUUUAUUGGUGGAGUUCUUGGAACACUUCCAGCUUCGAGUCGGUGGCCAGGGAUAUCCACACGCAACUCGAGCACGAUGAGACGCGCACUUGGCUGUACGAUGUCAUUGAAACGGGUCUGGAACAAUUGGAUGCCGAAAGUGGAGCUGUGUGCCUGCUGCGCAGCAUCUGCGAGAUCUCACAGCGACCCUUCCAGCCCAGCAACCUCUUCGGCGAGCUACUAAAUGCAGUCUUGGUACCUCCUCUGGACAAUGUGGCGGGCAAGUAUCUGCAUGCCCGGGAUGGGGGACGUGCGGGCGCUGAUUGUCGCAGAACCUACAGCGAUUGCAGCCAUCAACUUUGGCGACAUCUCAGGCAUGCAGCAAGGAUAACGCUUUGAGAGCAGAAGUGUGUGAAACAGGGAAUCGAAAGAAUGCCCAAUUAAUUCAGCAAGUUAAACUCCUUUGAGCUAUAUUUAUUGGUAGCCUGAAACUCGGAUCAAAAAGUUAAUGUCCGUACAGUUAUCAUUUUCUUCUGCAAAUUCUGCUCUCUGCUUUUUAGCUCCCUUUGCUACUAUAAAUUUCUUUCGCUCAGUGUA